AAUCUUUGGGAGCCAAUGCUGAUGGGCAAGAAGUGCUGUGCCGCGUUGGAGCAGUUCAACCUCCGGCCGGAGUCUCAUGUUACCAAUGGCCACAUCUUGGAGGUGGUGAAUCGCUGCACCCGUCACCAGCGACAGCUCACGCGCUGUGCAGCACAAUGGACUGAGCGAACCAAGGAGAAAUGGGAUUGUGGAGCCUGUGAAUGGAACGUCUAUUGCUGCGUGGCUUCUUUGGUCUGUAUUCCAGAGCUGCGCUCAGUGCUGGCCACGUGCGAGCUGCCCGAGGAUACCGCACGGAAGGCGGCAGACUGCCCUGAAUGGGGCUACAUGAUGCGCUGCCUCUACAAGCAGGGUUUGUUCUUGCGUUGGGAUGGUCAGCGAGAUUGCAGAACCUACCGGUAGCAAGAGUUAGCAAGUGAGAGUUCACCGGCGUCAGAUCUCCAGGCAAGAACCAUGGGUUUGAG